AUGGCCUACAAUGAAAGUUACGCCAGGAAUACAUAUCAAACGGGCAAAAUGAACCCAGAUCCAAACGAACAUAGGUACUCGCCUACACCCCCAUAUCCAUCCUACCACGAACCAGCCCACCUGAACAUGCCGCAACCACAAGUGCCGUGGACUAGCUCGCCAGCCUCAAACCCAACUCCAGAGCCCUACCAUUAUCCGGAAUCACAUCGCUCCUCCCCAAAUAUGAACACCGGGCACAUAGACAAUGCAGUGAGCUCUGCAUUUCAUAGCAGUGGCUCCACAGGCUACCUCUCCCCGGAAGUUCUAUCGCAGAUCACAGCAACAGUGAUUCAGCAGCUCAAAACAACCGGGUUAGACAACCUACAAGGAUCUAGUGCGCCCCCGCCUCGCUCGCAAUCACAGCAGCCACCAUGGCAAACAGAUGACUCCUUGCGGCCGCACGCAGAGUCCCCGCCUGCCAUACCCCUGCCGCGAAGCAGUUCAAUCCCACCGCCUAGUUCGGCCUCUGACAAUAUCCAUACUGGGAAUUUCCAGCCACACGUCUCUCCCGGUUACACUAGUGAUAGUCACCUCAGCCCCAAACCUACCCUCGAUCCCCUUGCGAAUAGACGGGGCUCAAUAUCGAGCCAGAGUAGUGAUCGGAGUCAUCAUAGCCACCAUAAAGCGGAACGUCCGAAACCUCCGGAUCGGGACGCUACUGUUAUGGAGAUGACUACUCUAGAGCGGAUUUGGGGGAGGUUGUUUGAGGAUGGUAAGGCGACGAAGAGGCUUGGUCAAUUCUUACGUGGGAUUGCGGUUCAUCUGAUUGAGGACUAUCCACCGGGAAACACUAUUGUUAUCCCCCCUCACAAAUUGCAAAAGUUCUAUCGUGAUACUCAUGAUCCGAAUGACCCUUAUCCAUGGCAAGAUAUCUUCGACGAUCGUACAUCUUCAAUAUCGAGACUCUUCCGCGAAAUCAAAGUCGAACAUCAUCUCAUUCAAGAUGAUAUAGAAAAACGCCCAGAUAUCCCAGGCCUAACUCCCAAGGGCUUCGAGACCUGGGCAACCUUGAUGAUCCUAGCAAACCCAGGACGCGAAUACGAGCGGCUCCAAAAGGCAGUUCUUAACAUGCCCAUCAACAACCCAGACGACAAGAAAGAGCGUUUCCCAAAAGAAAUCCCGCGCAGUCUCUUCCCAGAAAUCGGAGAUAUCGCAAUAAGAGAAGACAUCGAGGACCGCAUGAUGGUCCACUGCGGCGUCGAUCUACCAUACAUCACCCCCGAAGAACGCAACCAAUCCGCCGCCCGAUCAACCCGCUCAUCCACCACAACUGCAUCACCCACAGAGCGAACCCACUCAUACGAGCGAGGGCGACCCCGCCCCACAGCCUCGAUCCCAAAACCAGCUCAACAACCACAAUCAAGACCCGCCUCGACCGUCACAGAUGACGGAGAAGACGAGCCCAUCCCUUCAGUGCCAAUCGAGCGCGAACGCAAGCCUUACAGCGCUAAUCCAGGUGUCGGCAAAGUCUAUGAAGAACAAGCACAAAGUCGCAACCACACGGGCUCCUUCUCCACGUCCCGGCCAUCGGAAUCUACUCACAAGGCACCGACAUCGGGCACAAAUCCAGCACACCGCAUGUCCGACUCCUAUGACCGCGACCCGCACUACUCACGCUCGGGAUUGGGUCAUUCUGCUGAUAAGCGGUUCUCGAAUUCGCAUGACCCCCGCAGCUCGUCACUGAGUGUGAACCACCGCGGUGGUAAUGGCGGUGGUGACUAUAGGCAUUCAGAGGGUGAUUUGCAUGGUCGUGAUCAUGCGGCUAGAUAUGCAGGGCUGUCGGCACAUGAUUUGUCGUACAGCGAGUCGCCUACUACGAAUUUGCCUGAGGAUGAUAUGCGCAGCUACCAUCAUGGUGGUCGGGGUAGUAAUGAGGACUAUUACCGGGGAAGUAGCCAGGGUGGGGGGUCUGGGUCUUGGUAUGACAAGUAUGACAACUAUUACCGUUGA